CUGAUUGAGAUCACCUGGCCAUAUACCACAUCUUCUCCUCGCCAUCAUGUUCCGAUUUGCAGCUCCCGCCUUACGCAGCCAGCUGCGAAGCGCUGCCACAAAGGCUGCUCCGACAAGGUCUUUCGCAACAUCCCAUCGAUUCGCCAAGGACAGCAAGACGCUCAAGAAAGGAGAAGUCGAUGAGCAUGCUCGCAUCUUCGAUCCAGAUUCAAGGGCAGGCACAGCAGCAGCCGCUACCUCCGAAGGCAACGACUUUGCCAAGCAUCGGCCAGUAGACACAUCGGCCCGCCGGAGUUCACAGACAGACAGUGGCGCUGCUGGACAGACGAGGACGGCUGCAGCUUCAAGUGAACGUACAGGCGAGGUUGAUGAACACGCUCGUAUCUUCGAUCCAGACUCGAGAGCAGGUACAGCAGCUGCAGCUACUUCCGAGGGGGGCGACUUCGCCGAGCAUCGUCCGGUAGACACAUCAGCGUCCAGGAGCUCACAGACAGAUAGCGCUGCUGGCGGACAAACGAGGACAGCUUCAGCUACUUCGACUCCAGCGUCGAGUAGAGACGCAAGCACUGGUACCGAUCCGGGCUACAGCGCUCCCUCUUCUUCCUCGGACCCCUUCCCCAUGCCCUUUUCCAAGGGCGUUGAUCUCAACUCGGCAUCACAGUCUGACUCGUUGGAAGACUUCGGAGCUCCUAAUCGAGUGCCUGGCCGAGAGCCCGGCGACGAGUCUCGCGAGCAGAUCAUUCGACGUCUCAUCUACCAGACGCGCAAGAGGGGCAUCCUGGAGACGGACCUACUCAUGUCUACAUUUGCCUCAAAGGAGCUGUGGGACAUGCCGGACAAGGAGAUUGCUGAAUUCGACAGACUGCUCGACGAGCCGGAUUGGGACAUCUACUAUUGGUUGGUGGACAAGAAGCCUGUACCGGCUAGAUGGAGGGAGAGUUUUGAGACGGAGGGCAGGCUGGGCGCACGAUUGAGGAAGCACACAAGGAACGAGGAGAAGGAGGUGAGGUGGAUGCCGGAUGAGCCGCCUGUUGAGAAGUGAGGGUCGGCGAAGGAAAUGAUUAGGGCGCCUCCUAGCAUCUUGGCUUGGACACUGAAUACCUUUAAUACGAUAUAUGAUCAUACGAGCAGCCUUAGAC